AUGAGAAUUGAAACCUGUUACUUCUGCAGUCGCCCUGCUUACCCCAGCAAGGGUAUCACCUUCGUGCGCAACGAUGCCCGAGUCUUUCGAUUCUGUCGCAGCAAAUGUCACAAGAACUUCAAGAUGAAGCGUAACCCUCGCAAGCUCAAGUGGACAAAGGCUUUCCGCAAGGCCGCAGGCAAGGAGAUGACUGUCGACUCGACACUGCAGUUCGCCGCCCGCCGCAACGUGCCUGUUCGCUACAACCGAGACCUUAUGGGCAAGACCCUCAAGGCCAUGGAGCGCGUGUCCGAGAUCCGCCAACGCCGCGAGCGCGUCUUCUACAAGAAGCGCAUGGCUGGUAAGCGUGAGCGCGAGCUCGCCCUCGCCCGCAAGCUGGUCACCGAGAACGAGCAUCUCCUGCCCCGCAUGCGCGGCAGCGAGAAGAAGCGCCUGCGCGACCUGGGCAUGACCGAGGAGGAGAUCGAGGAGCUGGAGCCCGAGCGCGUGACAUCCAUAGCUUUCGGUGGAGAGAAGAAGAGGGUCGCCAUUGCGCUCGAGGCUGACGAGGAUGAUGACGAUGACGAGGAGGGUGAGAGUGGCAUGUUCGAGGAUGAAGACGAUGAGGACGACGAUGACGAUGCCGAGAUGGACGAUAUCGACAUGGAUGCCGACUGA